AUGAAGCCCGAAACAGACAACGAAGACCACCAGCCCUUUCUGGGUUUUCGCGAUGACCCGACCAAGAGGAAUUCGGCGGACGACGAGGAAGAGCAGGUCGUUGCGGGCGGCAAUGCGAUGCUGCACCAACAGCAUGCGCUGAAGACGUCAAGGACGAGGAGGUGGUUGAGGGACUUACUCGUCUUUCUGGCGACUUCUCUGGUCUGGGUGCUGGCGUUUUCGUUCAUACCCGGGCCUCAACAGCAGGCUUCGUCGACACCGACACCAGGCACAGCAGCGAUGAUGCCGACGCCGCCGUCAAUGUCGGGAUUGCCGUUGCCGCUGCCGCAAGUAGGACAGGAUGGCAAAGCGGGAACGAUCCCGGACCCGAAAUACCUCGCGGCAACGCACAACAUGACAUCUGAGGCGAAGUUGGUGAUGUGCGGAAACUCGACGGCGGAGGCGAAGAAGGCGGGGUGCAAGUACGACACGUUGCUCAACCACUGGGUACCAGAGCAAUGUUACGACAAGGAGUUUGAGACGGAGUAUUUGGAUGACGACACCUGGCACGCGUAUUCGGAUGUCAACUUGACGAAGCGCCUGACGAGAGAGGAAAUGGGAGAUCAGGAGUCGUACUACACUUCGAUUGCGGAUCACGUCAACCACUGCUCCAUGCUUUGGAAGAAGCAAUUCUGGACCAUGUUCGAGGAGCGGAGGGUUUUUGAUGGUGUCAUUGUCAACUCGUACCACACAGAGCAUUGCGCCGAUUUCUUAAAGGAUAUCUGGGGAUCAAACCGGACAGAGCCUACGUUCAUAGUUGAUGACAAAACGGCUUUGCGUGGUACCGCCAUUGCGGGAGCUAAGCGAUGGAGCUGCUUGAAGAGCGUCUACGCCAAGUCGUUUGACAAGCUGGUCAACACCCUCGAGGAGAAGCACCAGUGCGCGAACCCUGCUGCGAUCAGCCCCUGUUCUAGAGCCAGGUUCUUCCUCACAGGCGACCUGCAUAAGCUCCGUCUUGACCAGGACGAUUCCAGCCGGAAGCACGUUGCCAAGAUAGCGGAAGCUGUCAUUCACAACGCGGCUUGCGUUCACUAG